CACUGCAUGGGGGCCCCAAAAAGGGCAGGGGACUAAUGGAAGGGGUCCCCAAUACCUGGCACUGGUGCUGUGCCCCCAGGGUCCCGCUGCUGCCCUGCUCCCCUGUUCCCUCCUGUUGUGCCCCCACACCCAGGGACCCCGCAGGACCCCAGCGCUGUGCUGGGGGCUCUCCCUGGCUGGGGAGGCGCAGCCGGGCAGGGCCAGGUGUUUCGGGGCUGUUUGGGAGCUCCGGGCAGUUUUAUUGCGCAAGGAAAGAGCCGACCUCAGCAGAUUUCGGUGCUUCCAGCGCCGGGGCAGCGCCGGCCGGUUGGAGGGAUCAAGUCCCUGGCUCCAAAACUCCUGAAGCGGGGCUGGCGGGGGCUUUGUUUGCAAGGGCCGGGCUGGGUCUUGGCAUGCAUUCGGCUGAUGCAGGCAAACUCCAAAUCUCCUUGCCAACAAACCCAACAAAGCGGGCGACUCGAAUGUGAAAGCUAAUGAAAUAACUCCGCGACUUGGGGUUUGGGGAGACAAUGACCGCGGCGCGUCAGCUGACCCCGGUUUUCAUUGGGUUUAAUCCUGCAUUCCCGCUUUGAAUCGUGCUCUGACCGUGCUGUAAAUAGCUCGGGCACCGCUCUCCUGCAGGCGCAGUAUAAAUUGCCCCUCUCGGUCCCAGCCCUUCACUGGCUCAAGCGGGUACUGGUACAACUGAAGCAGACGGCCCGGCUGAGGAUGGCUUCCGAACACCAGAUGCCAGCCUCCAAGCAGCAGCCAGCCAGCUCCAAGAUUGCCAUCUUCGAGCAGGAGAACUUCCAGGGCCGCUGCCAUGAGCUCAACGGCGCCUGCCCCAACCUGAAGGAUGCCGGCGUGGACAAAGUGGGCUCCAUCCUCGUGCACUCCGGACCCUGGGUGGGCUACGAGCAGGCCAGCUGCAAGGGGGAACAGUUUGUGUUUGAGAAGGGGGAGUACCCCCGCUGGGACUCCUGGACCAACAGCCGGAGAAGCGACAGCAUCACCUCCCUGAGACCCAUCAAAGUGGUGAGAGCACCCAGACAGCCACUACCCACCCGCCAGACCAAGGUCUGCAGCCACAACUCUUCCCCCGCCUUCCCCCGGGCCCCCAGCCCCGCGGGAGGAGGAGGACCCCUCCCGUGCACCCUGCCCCAGCUCCACUGGGGACCCAGGGGAGCCCCCGGGGGGGGUCGGUGGGAGCACGGGGAUGGGGAGCGGUGGCCCAGGAGCUCAGGACGUCUGCUGGUAAGUCCAGGAGUGCCCUUGGGGGGUGCCGGGUCUCUGAGCUGGGGGGACACAGAGCGGGAGGACACAUCAGGGGGAGGCCCGGCGCGCGGUGCUGCUCCCCUGCCUCGGUUUCCCCGCAGCCCCCCGGGGCUUUGCCCCCCCUGGCCAGCCCCAGGAGCAGUGGGCGCUGACCCCAGGCCUCUGCUUCGCCCCGCUGCAGGACAGCCAGGAGCACAAAAUCGUGCUGUACGAGAACCCCAGCUUCACCGGCAAGAAGAUCGAAAUCAUCGACGACGACGUGCCCAGCUUCCACGCGCACGGCUACCAGGAGAAGGUCUCGUCCGUGCGGGUGCAGAGCGGCACGUGGGUGGGCUACCAGUACCCCGGCUACAGGGGCUACCAGUACCUGUUUGAGAAGGGGGACUACAAAGACAGCUCAGAGUUCGGCGCCCAGCACCCCCAGAUCCAGUCGGUCAGGCGCAUCCGGGACAUGCAGUGGCACCAGCGCGGCGCCUACCACCCCUCCAACUAAACCCCCCGGCCCCCCCGGGA